AUGUCUUCCACUAAUAAACGAUUUUUGGUAGAUGCUGCAAAAUACACUGCAACUAAAAACUACUAUGAAGCAGCUAGGUCAUACGGUAUGCUGUUAGAUUCCGAGGAUUCAAAUAUGCUAAAUCCAGAUCAUUUAAUGUUAUUUGCAAAAUCAUUAUUUAAGUUAGGACUAGAUAAAGAUCAGAUGUUCAAUGAAGAUGAAAAUAAUGAGGAAAGUGGAGAUGAUAAAGAUGACGAAGGAGAUGACAGUGAUAUAGAUGAUAGAUACAACUCCCAAAGCCAUCUAACAGCUGGGAUUGAAGUUAGUUCUAACAUUCAAUUAGAUACUACUCUAUAUCAGUUUGAUUUAGAAGAAGAAGAUAUAGAAGAGCAGAAAAAAGAUGGUAAUAAUCAAAAUGAUAGCAACAAAGGGGCAGAACAAGAAAAAGAAGAUAAUUCUAACAUUAGUGAGGAAUAUGAGGAGCAAGGAAAUCAGGAAGAUGCAAGUGAUCACUUUGUUGACUUGGCAGAAGGAAAUAUUUUUGAAAAUGCAUUAUACGUUGCGGAGAUCGCCCAAUCUAUUUUUGAAUCUACCCAUAAUAACCAUUCUAUUGGCCCACUGCUUAAUUUGAUGGGUGACAUAUAUCAAGAACUUGAAUCCUUUGAAGAUGCCGUUAAAUCUUACAAAAAAGCCAUUGAAUUGCAAAGAGAUAACCAGCUAGCAAUUGCUGAAAGUUACAUAAAAAUGGCCCAUGCUUUAAGAUGGGCCACUGACAAAGAAAUACCGCCAAAAAGGAGAAAUUUGUAUUUGAAAAAUGCGAAAAAUACGAUUCUCAAAGUUCUCAAGCCUGUAGAAGGUGAAAAUUCCAUAGAUGACGAUAUCAAGGCUCAUUUAAAGGAUAACUUAAUACAAAUUAAACAAGACAUCAACCAUAAUAAUAAUCCAAACAUGGAUGGUAAUAUGUCUAUCUUACAGGCUGCUUUUCGAGAUUCCAUGGCUAAUACCACAGUGAAUGAUUUAUCGACGUUGGUAAAAAAACCGAAGAAUAAGAAGAGCAAGCAUAAAUAA